AUGGCCAAUGCGCUGGCGUAUCCGUCUCAGGAAACUUUGGGAGUGCCUUCAUUUUCCAGUUUGAUUGAUGGUCCCUCAAAGGAGACUGUCUUUGGGGGUACUGAAUCAGCACGGGAAGGGUCGAUUUACCACCCCAUUCUGAAUACCUUGCAGGAUCUUAUCGCCGCCCUGCAGGUGAUGCAAGACAGGUACUUUAUGCUGUGGCAAGGCAUGUGGCCAACCAGCAUCGAUUGGACCGCGGCGGUGUUGGGCACACACGUUUCGGCAGCGCUCUCAUCUCUAACCUCAGGCCCGCUUGAUAUCCCCGACACAGAUGAAUUGCAAGGAUUAUCUUUCUUCAGGCUUGAGAAUACGGUCAAUCGAUUUUUCAGCCAUACUUCCGCCUUCUACUUUGGCGAAAACUCGUUCAGUAUUAGAAACCAGGCUUACGAUGACAUGCUAUGGGUCGUGUUAGGGUGGUUGGAAAAUAUCAAGUUCCAAAAUCUUCACUCAGACCUUCACUAUGUCUCCUCAAACAACAGGUCUGGAGAGCUUUGGUACGGUACCCAGUUUCAGAACUCUGCUGCGCACAGAGCACGCAUCUUUUACGAGCUCGCCUCCGCUGGUUGGGACAAGACCCUCUGCAAGGGCGGCAUGAUCUGGAGCCCGUAUUUGAUCCCGUACAAGAAUGCGAUUACGAAUGAGCUCUAUAUAUCCGCAAGCAUCGAGAUGUAUUUGUACUUCCCCGGAGAUUCAAUUGAAGCCCCGUUCCUUGUCGACUCACAAGGCACACAGCCUGCACGGAAGAACCCACAUGACCCUCUUCAUCUGCAGGCUGCAAUUGACGGGUAUGAAUGGCUCAAGAACUCAAAUAUGACUGGGAUCGGCGGUCUCUAUGCAGAUGGUUUCCACAUCAGUGGCUGGCAAAGCGCAUCAAAUCCCGGCUCGGGACAAUGCGACGAGCUCAACCCUAUGAUCUACACCUACAAUCAAGGAGUCGUUCUCAGCGGGCUGAGAGGACUCUGGCUAGCCACAAACUCACAAGUCUAUCUGCGCGACGGUCACGAACUUGUUCGCGAAGUACUGCAGGCUACCGGGUGGCCACAUACCUCCAGUCAGCAGUGGAAGGGACUUGGUCGCGGAGGUGUGCUCGAGGACGCAUGUGAUUCUCGCGGAGUCUGCUCCCAGGAUGGACAGACCUUCAAAGGGAUCUUUUUCCACCACCUUUCCGGAUUCUGUCGACCUCUUCAGCCGCAAGAGAAGCAGUUCUUGGCGGACGCGAUCCGCGGACAUGCAGCAAAUGACGACUGGGUCGAAGUCUAUGAGCAACAUAUGAAGCAGUGCCGCACCUAUGGUCCCUGGAUUAAACACAAUGCGCAAGCUGCUCUGAUGACUCGUGACAGCGAUGGCAAGUUUGGUAGCUGGUGGGGCCGCUCAUAUCAUCAGCUGGAUGCCAACGAGAUCGUGGAUAGCAGCACAAUCCCGGAUGGUGCUGUUGACUAUCGCAAUCCCGAUUAUGAACCCAAAUCCUCGACUACAGGCUCCACCCCGAAUGACUACAACGAUCGUGGUCGAGGCCGCACGGUAGAAACACAGUCCGGCGGCAUCGCUGUGUUGAGAGCCCUGUAUCAAUGGCAAUCCUAUGAUGCCCUGUGA